AUGUUCCGAGGCGCCAGCACCGACGCCGAAGCCACGGCUCCGCUGCAAGCGGUUGUGGACCUCGUGUACACCACGGACGCGUCGUGCCGCGCGGUCACGGAGCUGCCGAGCUCCAGUGACGCACUGGCGACGCGUCUCCUGCCGGCCGGCGCGGCCUUCCGCGGCAAUAUGCAGCUGUCCAAAGCCGCCAGCGGCCACGGCUGCGCGCUGUAUCUGACGGUCAAGGGCGCGGUGUCGGCUUCCGCCACCGACUUCCAUGACGCCUUCGAUGUGGCGCGCGGCGUGCACCAGCAGCUGACGGCUCUGCUGAGCUCCAAGGGCCUGGAGAACGUCGCGCUCGCUCGCGCCGCGGUGGCGCUGGACGGCGACAAGCUGCUGUCCGUGUCGCUGCAGGGCGAGGACUCCACUACCGCUCCUGAGAGUGUACUGACUGUGCAGCAAGGAACGUGCACGGAGCUGCUGGCGGCGCUGCAGAACGCAGCAGAUGUCGAGAACUUGCUGCCGAGGCAGGUGAAGACCAGUGCACUGGACGUCACCAAGCAGGCUGGUGCUGAUGAAGCGGCCGACUGUGCUGUGGGCCUGGAGGUAGCGGGACUUGCCCAGCAUCUUACUGCGGACGCUGACGCGUUCCAGCUGCUCAAGGCUGUGGACGAGAAGAUGGAGAGAUUCUUCGCUGGUCAACCGAGCGCGACGCUCGCCAGCACCAAUGUGCGACUGCACGUGGCAUCGGCUGAGGAGAAUGCGGCCCAAACGUUGGCCGCUGAGACGGCAAGUGUGGAUGCUGCUCCGUCAACCAAUGUGACGUUCAACCCACCGUCGUACGAGGAGGCGUUGGGCAUCUUUGCUCUCGUUGCCGUCCUCGUAGCGAUGAUGAUGGGGGUCGUGGUUCAGAAGAAGCGCAACGAUCGGCGUUGCCGUGAACGCUAUGAGCGCGCGAAUCGCGCCGCGCAGAUCCGCCGUGUGUCCAUCCGCAUGAGUCAGUACGACCGAGAGGAGGACUUGGACAAUGAGGGUGAAGAGGAUAGUCUGCUUUGAGUGGAUGCCUGCGGCAAUGUCGAUUGAGACUGAAGCAGGUGCAGCCAGCCACUUGCGCCAACUUUAUGAACCCAGAAAACUCGCUCAAAGAGCGAAUCAAGUGUCGUCAAGAUGCAUGUGGAGAGCAGCAACCACAGCGAUAUUAACCGAAAUAUCGGCAUUUUUGUUU